AAGGAAUUUGUCCACUGCUUUUCUCAAAGGCUGGCCUCGCACUAUAAGAAGCAUAAAAGUUCAAUUCUUCUUAAGCAGAAUUCCACUAAACUAUCAACUUCCUCACAGAUCUUAAGCAGAAUUCCACUAAACUAUCAACUUCCUCACAGACAAAUGUCUUGCAGGAAACAACUUGAAGUUCGAUCAGAAGAUAGAAUUCCUCAAAAAUGGUCUGUGCCACUAAGGGAAGAAAUAUUUGAUAACCUCAUCUCUAAGGGAAAUCCUAGUGUCAGCAAAGUUUUCGGAGUCGGGUCAUUGUUUAGUCCUUUGCUGUUUGGGAAAUUCUUCGACCCGUCUGAUGCUUUCCCUCUGUGGGAGUUUGAUUCAGAUGUUUUGUUAUCGAGUCUGCGCGAGUCUCACCAGAGCACUGUUGAUUGGUCUGAGACAGAUAAGGAAUUUGUGGUGAAAGCAGAACUACCAGGACAGGGAAAACAGAAUGUUCAAGUGUCCGUAGAGAAUGGAAAUGUAGUGGAGGUCAGUGGACAAUGGAAGCAGCAAAGAAAGGAAUCUGAUGCGAAGGAUUGGAGAAGCGGACACUGGUGGGAAUCAGGGUAUGCUCGGAGGCUUGAGCUACCAGAAAAUGCUGAUGGGAGGAAUAUAGAAGCAUAUAUCAUUGACGAUAUAUUUUUAGAGAUAAGAAUCCCCAAAAGCACUACAGGGGAUAAUUCCGAACAUGCUUGAGUUGAUAUCUAUAAACAUACAGCAUAUGAACAUUAUAAUUGAAGUGGAUGGAAUAUCAAUAUAUUUUUUUUCUGAAAAGAAGGAAUCAAUAUGAUCAGUUCAUAAAGGAAAGGUGGCAAAACAAAGUCUCAACGAGGGGAAAUGAGUUUAUACUCUUUUAAGUCUUUAUGGAAUCAACACUUUCGGUGGAUGGAGGUCGAAAGCUAAAAGUGAUCCUGAAAUGCAUUGCACUGCGCCAAACAUGGGUCAAAAGUUUCCCUUAUUAAAGCAAUAUAUCCUAUGACUGUGUACUUCACAAUAUGCAAAGCAAUGUUAUAAUGCACAAUUGGAGAAUGAAAUCAUAUUAUUACUGUCUUUAAUUUGAUA